UGGUCCCGCCGGUCGGAGGCUGCGAAACCGAACGGCCGGAAUUCGCGGACCAGAGUGGUCGCAUCUCUCGGUUCAGAUAUACACGCGCAGCGCAAGCCCCAGGUCCGCGGUUUUCCAUGAAAAUCGAGGAACGCGCGGCCCACCCGACGCUGGCCAACGCUAUCGUACCAGCUGAAUCGCGCGUCGAUCGUCGACGGAAUAAUGCCGCCGCGAGUAUCGUUCCGUCAUCGGUGACGAACAACGAUCAUUUCGAAGCACACGCUCCACGAUCGUAUCGCGACCACGGUGUGCACGUGCGACAUGAUCGCCCGGAGAAAAAACGUCCGCUGAAUCCAGCCUAUCGCUGGUGUGUCCAAGUCUCUACAGAGGGAAGUGCGUCCAGUUAACAGAGACGAUCGUACGGCGCUCUGAGGCAGCACACGGUGAAGUCAUUGGAGGAGAGUUGACGCGGUGUGUCUACCACUUGGCGAACAGAAAAUCUUCUUUUAUCUGUCGCGACGCCGGCGGAUGUUGUUGCAUCGACAGGCUUCACGGAUCCAACCAGCUGCAUUCGCCUCAGAAUCGAACACGAAAUACGAUCGAAUGAACCAGUGGGGUUCAUGACUCGCUAAGGCAAUCGCUCGCUUAUUUUUUAUUGUUAUUCAUCGGCAGACGGCUUGGCUGUGGCUGGCACUCGCGAUACGUUAAACGUUCCACGACCGUUUACUCAGUGGGAUUUUAUGCGAAACGUUGACGCGAGUAGGUCGAGUGGUUUUUGUUAGUGUGCGGGCGUAAAGGACGCGAAGAAGAACACUGAGAAGUGACACGCGUAUUUGAGAAUACGGCACCGGUCGCGGAUUCUGUGAAACGGUGGUAGCGAACAGGCUCGUGUGAGAGAAGGGUGAUGGUGAUUGGACUCGAAUGGUCGCUUCGCGUCGUAGAGCAGAGUAAGUUUCCACGAAGGACACAUGUUUGGUGGACGGUGUCGGGUCGUUUCCACUCGAGGCCAAAUAAUUCGGUGCUGGCUGGCUCGGUGACUGUACGUGUUCACGUUCGGUCUGCCAGGACCACGACCACGAGCACGACUAGGGCCACGGGGCUGCCCGAGGAGGUGCCGGUGCGUGGAGGGAAGAACCAGCCACGACGGAGCCCAGCGCCGGGGCACGGACAACAAGGCCCCCGGUGCAGGGAAGAAGCCAGGCAGAGGGGGAAACCGGGGCCAGCGUAGCAGCAACGGCCCUGAAACUACAGGGGAACCUAGCUACCCCCUUGCACAGGGGGGAAACCAGGAGGAGACCUCGCCGACGGAGGCGACGGAAAAAGAAGCGACGGAGGUGUGGCAUAACUUCGUUAGCAGGGUGGACAGAGGAACGGAACGUGUCUGGAGCGGCUUGGCGUUUUGAACGAAGGUACCACACCGAAGAAGAACUCUGAUUACCAUCUUACCCCCCCGCCCCCCCUAGUGUACAAGUUUUAAACCUGCCCCCCUAAAGUAUUCCCCGCAGCUUGAUAACUCACGGUUCUGUAGUGCUCCAGUUUCUAGUUUUUCUUUCUAUAUCGAUGAGUCGAGUGUGAUAAACGGGCAAAGGAACGAGACAAGAGUAUUAUAGAGGGUAUACGUAAUUUGAUGAUACGCUAAGUGAUUCACGGUGAUGUUGGUGUGAUACAAAGAGUGUUGCGCGCGCGCGUGUUGUCCGAGAGUGAGCGUGAGGAGGGAGGAGAAUCGCGCCGGAGGAGGAGGUGAUACUAUAUGUAUAAAUAAUAGAAAUUUAUUCAUGUAUAUGUAAGGACGUGUGCCAGUGUGUCCGUACGCAGGUAUUCGAGUACAAAGAAAAGAAAGAAAAAAAAAAAAAGAAGAAAAAGAAAAGAAAUCCGACCACUAAAAGUGAAGAGAAGACAAAAACAAGCAUACAGUUUGCCAGUACGAAGACAGGGAAAAACGAAGAGGAAAAGAAAGAAAGAAGGAGAGGAGAGGAGAGGAGGAGUAGUAGGUGGAGAAUAAAUUGAAAACCCUGCGAAACGGUCAAAGACUAAGAAACGAAGAAGUGUGAGGACACGUAAGGGAAAAAAAAAGAUCGAGGUGGCAUUAGAAGGUGGGCCAGGUGGGACAGUAGCAUGAGUUCGUACUUCGCGAAUUCGUACAUCCCUGACCUGCGUAAUGGCGGGGUGGAACACCCGCAUCAGCAUCAGCAGCACUACGGUGCCGCCGUCCAGGUGCCCCAGCAAACGCAGUCGGUACAACAGCCAUCUCAGCAAACCGGGGAUCCAUGCGAUCCUAGUCUCCUACGUCAGGGAGUGCCUGGCCAUCACUAUGGGGCCGCUGGUAGCCAGCAAGAUAUGCCUUAUCCGAGGUUUCCUCCGUACAAUCGGAUGGACAUGCGGAACGCGACCUAUUAUCAGCAUCAACAGGAGCACGGCAGCAUGGACGGGUUGGGUGGUUACAGGUCGACGUCCCCGAGCCCCGGUAUGGGCCACAUGGGACACACACCGACCCCGAACGGACAUCCGUCCACUCCUAUUGUCUAUGCGAGUUGCAAGCUUCAAGCGGCCGCGGUCGAUCAUCAGGGUAGCGUACUCGAUGGACCGGACAGCCCGCCAUUGGUCGAGUCGCAGAUGCACCACCAAAUGCAUUCGCAACAUCCUCACAUGCAGCCGCAACAGUCACAACAUCAGCAGCAGCAGCAGCAGCAUCAACAUCUUCAGGCGCAGCAGCAGCACAUGAUGUACCAACAGCAACAGCAAACGCAGGCGGCGUCGCAACAAUCUCAGCCUGGCAUGCAUCCGCAACAACAACAGCAACCUCAGCAACACCAAGGGGUGGUCACGUCGCCGCUUAGUCAGCAACAGCAGGCCGCUCCUCAAGGUGCGGCCACUGCCAACCUACCAAGUCCGCUCUACCCGUGGAUGAGAAGUCAAUUCGAGAGGAAACGAGGCCGGCAAACGUACACCCGAUACCAAACCCUCGAGCUGGAGAAGGAGUUCCACUUCAACCGAUACCUGACCAGGCGGCGGCGCAUCGAGAUCGCGCACGCACUCUGCCUGACGGAACGGCAAAUCAAAAUCUGGUUCCAAAACAGACGGAUGAAAUGGAAGAAGGAGAACAAGACGAAGGGCGAGCCGGGCUCGGGCGACGGCGACACUGAAAUCUCGCCGCAGACAUCGCCGCAGGGUUGAGAGAUCCCCGAGGAGUGGAACUUCCAAAGAGGUCUCAUCUCUCUCAGGGUCGUUAAUACCUUGUUUCCAGCACUACCUCCUCCCCCUACACAUACAUACACAUAUAAACACAUCUGCCCCUGCCAGCCCCGUCAGACCCCAUGCUAGCCCCCCGCCCCCGCCCCCAAUGCAAGCAUCUCCAAAUAUCAAAGCCCCCAAAACACCCACACGCCCAGCCCACCCCAAGCCAAGCCAAGCCAAGCCAAGCCAACCCAACCCAACCCAACCCAACCCACCAUCACCCCACUCAUACAGCAAUGACGCUUAUUUUGUCGUGUUAAUCAAGUUGCUCGUACCAAAAAAGGAGAGGACAACGUAAGAGGGAUAAACGGGAUAGUAGAGACGAUCGUGGAAGAGAAAUGGACGUUGCCGACAGUGUGGAUAGAAGUGAAGACGUGAACGGAACGAUGACAAAGGGAUGAAAGGAUAAGGAGCGAGAUUGCGCGCGCGCGAGAGACAGAGAGAGAGAGGGAGAGGGUAGGAGAAGAGGAAGAGGGAAGGGAAUGCGAGAGAUAAGACGAGGAGGUUCGAGUGGAAGAAGGAGCAGGUAGGGACAUGGAACCGAGCGAAAGGAAGGAAAAGGAAAGGAAAGGGAAGAACCGGACACACGAACGAGUCGGAUGAAGAUUUAUAGGGACGCGCGAUCUUCUAAUAAUCACGUGGUGGAAUGUCGAAGAAAACGGUGAAGAGGCAGAGGAAUUGGAUCGGAUCGGAGGAAAACUGGAUCACAUGCUAAUCAGAACCGCGUUAACCUCUAUUACAUUUAAUCGAAUGUAAUUGUACUAAAGCCUAUAAUGCUAGAGAUAAUUUGGCAGAGAAAGAACGACAGAGAGAGAGAGAGAGAGAGAGAGAGAAUGUGCAUGUGUGUAUGUGUGGAAAAAAGAGCGAGAAUGAGCGAGAAAGGAGAGGAACAAAUAUACGUACUUUAAAACGCGAGUGUCAUGAAAGUUGCGAAUCGGUCCUUGUAAUUGUAUAGUAGAGUAUGAAUGAGCGCCUGUGAAAACGUCUAAAGUGAUAUAUAUAUAUAUAUAUAUAUAUAUAUAUAUAUAUAUAUAUAUAUAUAUAUAUAUAUAUAUAUAUAUAUAUAUAUAUAUAUAUAUAUAUAUAUAUAUAUAUAUAUAUAUACAUAUAAAUAUAUAUAAUAUAUAUAAAAAAAAAAGCAAAGAGAGCGAAAACGCGUGGUAUGGAAAUUUUAGCGAGCGAAUGAGAAUGACGAGCGAGCGAGCGAUGGUUUCAUGGAUUAAACGUUGUAUUCGCGUGGAAAAGAAAUUAUCCGUUAGGAAAACGUUUUAUUAUUUAUUCUCUUACACGUCGUACACGCGUAGAGUUCGUAGUGCGAUUAGGUGGUAAAAUGAAAGAAAACUAGCGGAAAAAGUGGACGGUCGUCCAGUCGUGUCUCUAUUUAGCGAGUAGAUGAACGGUUUAGUGUUCUUUAGAAGAUCGUUUAGAUAGGUUUUUCUCUAUAAUACCGCGGUGGCUCAGCGAGGGUUAUUUAGUAAUCGCGAACGUGCCAAGUGUGAUCUUCGAAUGUGUGUUUCUCCAGUGCCGGCAGGAUUCGAUAUGGAAAUGCGGAGAUGAAGAGAGCACGGAAUGCGGAGGAAGUUCCGGUAGAACGGCUGCACACUUAACGUUAUCUCUGGUUAGAGAACGAGGUUGCGAAUGGACUGAACAGAGAGGAUGGAGCGAAGGGAAAACAUCGAUGCGAUAUUCGAUUACGUUGUCGUGAAGCCAGUGUCGUGAAAUACCAGUGUGUGCUUGUAACGCAAUCCGUUAAAUUCCAGUGAUAUUACGGUGGUGAUCGAUCGAUUUGCCAGUAGUCUUGGCCAAUCGCGAAUACGUCGAACGAAACGGGGGAUCCUUUUCUGCGGAAAGUGUGCUGAUCGAAUGAAUGAAAACAGUGCUGUUAGGAGUGCGGUGGCCUCCGCCGGAGCAGACAGAAUCGAAUCGACUUGACAUUUCUUCAUCAGUGUGGUCGUAAGGUCAGUUAAAACAUUCUAUGCUUACUUGCACUUUCGUGUAUGUAUGUUUUUGUCUCAUCAUUGUUCCAAUCUUCUCCUCUUUAAGUAUUCCGUCAUUUUCUUCCAACUGUUUAUUUACAAUUAUUAUCUCGAGUUUAUUCUUUCGAUCGUAUACUGCUUGAAGAACAUGUCAAAAUGAAGAACCAUCUUUGUUUAUUCUCGUCGGGUGCGUAGCUAAAAGAUUACGGGUAAUAUAUCGCUGUGUAUUAUAAUUAUACAUUUUUUUUUUUCGCAAGCAAAAAUACCGCGGCUACUUGAGUAAAAAGGUGUUUCCCAACAGUCCGGACCGAUUGUGUCAACAGACAAAUUAGCUUUCUUGUUAUAAAUAUACUUUUUGCUACUUUUCUUAUGUCCAAGAUACAAACUGCAUUUCGAUUUAGAGGAGAGAUUUAUAAUGUUUACUGUUCGAAUAUAUUACAGUAUACUUAAGAAAAUCGCGCAUUUUGUUGCAAACACCUUUCAUCAACGUAGAUGACGCGUCCAAGUAUUUAAAAAAAAAAAAAAAAAAAACGUUUUGCGUAUUUACGCAACAGUAUUUGCGUUCGCCUUGUAAAUAUUCGAAGCAACGGUGAAAAAAUGUAACUCUUAUCAGAUAGAUCCUCGAUAGAACCAAAAUUCGAGGGAUCUUCAGGGGCGAGUGACCAUUAAAAAUUUACUACUGCUCCGCGAGAUACGAGGCCAAGUUACCAAGUGAUGUAAUUCGUAACAUAUUUUUGGAAUAGGAUGCUUUCGGCAUGAAACCGCUUGGCACCUUAACAGCGAUUCUAGGAAGCAGAGCUGUCGAUCGAAAACGCUAUCCUGAUCCGCUCAUAGUUCAAAGCAUCCAUCUCUCUUUCGAGUAAAAAAGAUAUUCAAAAAGAGUAGAAAUGAAAAUUCAACAGCAUCUUCGUAGUUUCUUCGAAAGGCCGUACUGUUCCAGUUUAUUAUAUGUUCAAUCAAAAUUUUUAUUCGUGCAUAUCUGAAGAAAUUAUUGCCCUGAAACAAAGAUACAAAAUCAAAAUGGCUUCUUCAUUUAUUUGCAAGCAAGUAAAAAGAUUUUCAAAUGAAAUUUAGCAGAUUUUAUCCUUUUAGUAUUGUUAUUAAUGCACGGUCACUAGUCACAUGUUUGAACGCAUGUCCACUGUGGCCCUGGUUUUCUUUCCUUGCAUGUUUGUUGAAAUGUAAAACGAAGUCUAUUCAAAUGUUCGCGCCCAUAGAAACUGCGUUAAGUGUGCCAAGCAGUGGCCAAACGCACCAUCUGUCCGGGCCGGUCGAUAAAAAUGCUUGCGAUCGAUGACGGAUCGAUAACGCCGGAUCGUGACCUGGCCGAUGACAUCAUCGUGUCUAUCUAUCGGGCCGAGGACACGUCGGAGAACUCUGCCGCGGCGAAUUCUUGUGCUGUGUUGUAAAACUUAGAUCGACAUAAUUUAGUUUAUACCUUGUAUACACGCAAUUUAAUGAUAUACGUAAUAAACGAUAAUUAACGAAUACGUAAUAAUGUAUAAACGAUGACGACGAUGAAAAGGCGGUAUUUAAAUGAAAUGGACAAAAACAGAAAACGAUAAAAAAAGAGAGGGGGAAGGUAAAGAAGAAUAUAAAUGUACAUAGGAGGAAAUAAUCUGGGGAUUUCGCGAAAUCUCGUUUACAUGUAGAUCGCACGGGUUCGAAGAAUGUUCCCGUGGGACGCGAAACGAUGUCCCGCGAACUUUCUUCCGGCCCGUCCUCGCAUUAAUGGGCAAAAAUAAAAAGGAGAAACGAUGAUCAUGAAAAAGAAAAAAAUGGAAAAAAAUCGGAGAUAUAUGAAACUGAUAUACGUAAUACAUGGUCCAGCUCGCGCACGCGCAUCGAUUGGGCACCGGCCGGCCUUUCUUUCUCGAGAGAUUUAUUUAUAUAUAACUUUUUGUCCUUGAGGAGCAACGAACUGUGAAAAACGGAAGAUCGUCGACGAUCGCUCGCUGUCUUUUGCGGACAGUUGUUCUUUUUUCGGGGGGAAGCGUCGAAACCCGUAUGUUUACGGUCAGAGGUCGUGAUUCUAAAUUGCUCGGGCAAAUUGGCGUCAAUUAAGCUCGAUAGCCCGUUGAGGGCCUCCGCGUCGUUGUCGGUAUAUGGGUUUUCGUGAAAGUUUUAACGAAAGAGGAACACCGGCGAUAAAUAACAAAUCUUUGAUUCUUGUUCCGAUCUACUUACCUCGGAUUAUUGGCAUAUCGUUUUUACCUUUAUGUCAUUUCAUUGUUCGAUUAUAUCCAGGUCAGGUAGUCGUAUAAUUUUGCGGGUUAGGAUAGGAUUAUCUUUGUUUUAACGUUUACAUCGAAAGUUAUUUAUAAAAAGAUACUUAUAUAUACUUUUUGUAUUAUAUUUGUUAUUGCGUUUAACGCAAACUGUCACGCUUCGUUUGUUUAAUCAUUAAAUAUUUCCAAAACAUGUAUUUAUAGCAUAUGUACAUCCAACUGUCAACCAUGAAUAUUUUUGUUUCGCCGUCUUCUCACCAGUAGCUCUGUCUGUCGAUCGACAUCGAUAUCGAUUAGUUGUUCUUUGUCAUUCGAUUCAGUUUUCGACUCGCACGUCACGUUGGUUAGCAAAUUUUUUCCCUUUCUUGUCGAAAAAUAAACUGUCUCCUUCUGUGUUGUUGAUCACAAUGUUUGCGAUAAAUCGAUUGAUCUUAUACGAUUGGGAUAUUGUUUUUGCGCGUUUCGCGGUAGAUAAGUGAGACAUGUGUUAAUUCUGACUGCAUUAAUCAGUGAUACCAUCUAUGUAGGCCAGGUAAUGGCCGACAUUGAAGCGUAGGGUGCGGCUUUCGAGACAAAGGAGGUAUUUAUUACUCUUGCAUCAUAGUAUCAACUGUUACGACACGGUGGUCAACAGUGCAGGCGAAAUUUCACGCAUAAAUGCCUGCUUGACAAACCGUUUUCGCAGGGGCUUCUCGCCGGGCACUACAUAGGUUAGCUACAUUAAUUCUCGUUGAAUGUUUAGUUGAUUGGCAAAAACACGUUCACAUUGUUGUGUCUCAAUUCAUGGCAGAGCAUAUGUUCAUAGCAGUAGGUCAAAUCAAUCGAUCAGAAAUUUUCUUAUUACCGUUCUUGCUUAUUCAAGGUCCUGCUGGGUGUGUAGGAACAAGAAAAAUUUGUUUGGUCUUUAUUGGUAAAUUUAUCACCGGUAUUUCUCUUGCCAACGAUCAUUCGUGACACGUGGAAAAACAGAAUUGUGCAAUAAUUACGCGUCACCGUUUAACGCACGCGUUACUCAGAGUUCUAUAUUUAUUUAAUCACCCGUCGUUUAGGUAAAAUGCAAUUUUGGACGAAAGGGAUAAACACAAAGAUUUUUCUAAAAAGAAAAAAAAAAAAGAAAAUCAGUGGACGUUAUGAAGUUUGUUACAUGCCGCGAGCGAUCGCCGUGAACGCCAGUUUAGCUUAAAGUGAAAAUUUUGUAUCCAUCGGAUAGCGAACACACACUACUACUUAUAUAGAGUAAAUAUAUAUGUAUAAAUGCGGCAAAAAAAGAGAGCUAAGGCGGAAAAGUGAAUUCCUAGCGUUAACUGGAAUGUGUAAAAUGCAAAUUAUAUAUUUUAUCUUUACUCUUAUAUAGUCGCGUAAAAAUUAAACAGAUAUACGUAAUUUAAACAAGAGUGAAAAAGAAAGAAAGAGAAGAAAGAUGCGAGAGUACCGUGAUUGUGUGUAGAGGUAAAGCGAAGAGGCAAGAGGAUUAAGUGGAAGGGAGUGAAGUUAGGAGGAAGAGAAAAAUAACGAUAGCAACAUGUGCGUACGUACGAAGUGAGUCACUAAGCUAGCGCUUAAUCGAUAAGGUUAACGUCUAAAGCCUAAGUCUUAAGAUGAUAAUUAAAUAGAAUUAAGGAAACGGGCAUAUCGGUUGCAGCGGGCGGGGGCGAUGGUCAUGGAAAAAACGAAAGAAACAUCUGGUCGAGAAAGUACUUUCGGUCGCCGUUCUAUGUACCAUGGGCAAUGCGCAAUUAAGUAACUAGCGUGGGGUUUGCGAUCGUGUAUAUAGUCAGUGUCUAUUUGGGGAGCUCGCAGACACCACCUAUCGGAUAAAGGAUUUAAAACGCUUGACAAGAAAUAAGCAGCUUUUGGUAUCCUCCAUAUUAAUGUAGUAGUACCGCGUAAUAUUUAUUGUUACCAUAUUGCGUGUAGCAAAAUGGAUUUUCUUUUGUUUCCAAUAAUCGCCCAAUAAAUAUUUUUUACUACAUA